AUGUUCCGCGUGGUCCCCAUGCUGUUACCGGGAAACGGUGGGAGGUGUCGGAAGAUUGGCCCUGAUUGGCUGGAGAAGGGCAUCGCCUCUGACUCGUCGUCCGACCGUUGGUCUUCGAUAUUCUUUCUCCUCAAUUGCAACUAUCAGCUGCAGAUGUAUCAGGAGUCACGAGGGAGAGUUUAUGCUCGCCAGGUCGGUUUCGUCAUCUUCUUGUAUUCACGGGGAACGUCGCAGGAGAUCAUCGCGAAGAAGAUUUUCUUCGAGCUCGGUGGCGUCAACGCAGCGAUCCGGAAUUCCCUGAUCAACUUUGCCGGCUCCGACAUCGUGAACUGCGCGGAUUCGGGUGCCAGGUGGAAAAAUUCCCCUCGAAACAUCAUGUCAAUUCAUUGCAUCUACGUGGAGCUAAUUCGUUUCCACGACUGGUCUUUCAAAAAGGAACGUGCAAUGCGUGGCGUUUUCUCUCGAGACGAACCCCAGCACCGCGGCUCCGUCCAACGCGGUUACAACCUUGCGGUGAUCACGGACAAGGUGCAUUUCCUCAAGCCUUUCAGCGCCGUCGUGAACUACACCAAUGGAUUGGCCGCUUGCAAGGCGGACGGAGCGGACCACCUCGUUCAGGAUGACAAGGGCGUCAAUUGGCACGAGUACACCGUACAGUACGCCAAGUCCAUCCUGUCGAUGAUGAAUCCCGCAAGGAGAGGCAUGAACCAUCGAGGAAGAUCCCCAGUCAAUAUGAGAAGAAUGGAGAGGAGGAUGGGAAAGAGGAAACACAAAACAGAUAGCUCUUUCUUCGAGACUCUCCAAGAGUCUUAG